AACAUUUGUUCAAUAGCUAUAACAUAUGAAUGACAAAAUUAUCAAUUUUAUAUAACAACAUUUAAAAAAAAAUCACAAAAACUAUGUUGUUUGGCAUCUGUGUUAUAGUUAAUAUUCAUUUUGUUAUUUAGGGGCCUGCAAAAUAAAGUUAAGAUCAACACAAUAUUUUGGGGUUCAUAUCUUGAGAAGAUGACUUCAAAAUGUUGACAAAGUAUUUGGGCAACACAUACUCUUCAUGAAAAACAAAGUCGGACAGUUAAAGGAGGAAUGUAAUAAUAGGAAUAAAAAUAGAUUAAGCCAUUUGCAUACGUGUCAAAAGCAGAAACGUGGCCAAAAGGACCAACAUUAUAGAUCAGAGGGCCGAACCAAUAUCUAUGAUGAACUAAAUAAAGCAUUUCAUGUGCUAAGGACCAAAAGACCAGUCCAUCCAGAAGAAGUAGAAUUAGGAGAACAAAAAAAGAGGGUUCUAAGAGUUUUCAGAAACUAUUUAAAAGAAGACAAGGUCCUGAAAUUUUUUAAUUUGUUACCUGAAAAUAAAAGGAUGGAAGACAACAGGGUAUAUGCAUAUACUGACAGUGAGGGUGUAUCAGAUGAGGGUUAUACAGAUGAAGAGGAAUACAAAGCUGAGUUCAAAUCCAGGAAUCAAGGUCAAAAAAUACUGGAGCAACAAGUUUCAACUCAUCCUACAGGAGCAGCUAUUCCAGUAGCAACAACAAGUGCUCUACCAUCUGUGGAGGCAUCGAAAGAUAUUAACAAAAGUCAAUCAAAAUCACCGAAAGCUCCAAUGGGGUGCUUUGAGAAUGAACAGAAGAAAUUUGAAAACAUACACCUAUCAGAUUCCACUGUUCUUGAGGAACUGCGCAUUGCCGAUCAGAGGGCGAACAAUGCUGCUAAAAUGCUUGAAACGGUCCGAGAGCAAAUUGCACGAUAUGCAGAGAAAGAGGAGAUGACAGAAGAAGAUAUACAGAUAAUGCAAAGAAAGCAGGCUGAGCUUAUGGAGAAAAUGAGUGAGUUUGAAGAAAUCACAAAACGUGUUCAGCAACUGGUUGGCUUGAGAGAUGUGAGUUCUACACACCUUGGCCUACCAAACAAGCCGAUUACAAUCAGGAAAUCUGAUAAAUGUGUCGAAGAGCUGCCAAAAGUGGUCAUUUGUGGUCCAGGUGGGAUAGAACAAGUCCCAAAGAUAAUUGUUUGCUCUGACAAAAAAACCAACAAACAAAUCACCACCCAAGGACAUGCCAUGCCGGAUAAUUUGCAUCCAUCUAUGGAUUCUCAAAACGAGUGCAUGCCAUAUUACACCCAGCAGAUUACUGGAGAACCUGCAAUACAAUCUCAACCUCAGAUUUUGGAACACCAAAUUCAAACGUUUUCAAUUAGCCAAGGGGCGUAUACAAUCCCUCAAGGGAUGAGUCAGGUGCCGAUGAUGGCAGGAUAUCCAGAGCCUUUUGUUCCUUACGCAAGUCAACAAUACCCCUGGGGACAGGUGGUAAACUCUGCUGGCAAGCCACCGCGGGAACUGGUGCCAAAAGUAAAUGACUGUAAAUCAAACAAUUCGGAUCAGCAAACUAAUGUGACAAGUGAGGAAGGCACUGAUAAUAAGAAAUUGUCAGUCCUAGACACGGAAGUUCAAUGGGCACAACUUAAGUGGCAGGAGAAGUCUUUAAUGGCUCUCUUGAAAAAUAUCAUUCAGCAAAAAGACCUUCACAUGAAUUUGGUGGGCGAACAGUACUUAUGCUCAAACUGGGAGAAAAUGCAAGACAAACUGAAAGAACUUUAUGCACAACAUCAAAAAAUGUUAAACGAUCAAGUUCAUCACAAUACCCAACAACAACAGCUCUUUCAAGUAGAAUAUAUGAAGAAUGGCUUAGAAAACAGACAAAAACUUCAAAUAAAACGGCAGAUCCAAAGGCUUCAGCAACAACAGAAAAUUAACAUAUUGAUGCAGCAAAAUGUCUCUAAGCAAGAAUCGAUUCAAGAUAUGUUAAGAAAAUUGGACUGUACACCUCAAAAAGUCAUGGAGGUUUAUGGUAACAUACACAUAUUACAACAACAACAUCAGAAGUUAUAUGAAGGUCUUUUUCAACAAAUUAUCAACCAACAAGAACUGCUCCAAAGCCAAUUUCACACUGAACGACUACAGGAACUUCACGAAAAAGAAAUAAAAUUAUUCAAAGAAGAAGAGAAAGCGACAUACCAAAAGAAUUUAGAAGAGCAUUCAUCUGUAAAUACAAAAAAGCUUAAAACUAUGGAAGAUCGAGAAUCAGACGAUACUAUUGAAGAAAUAUCAUCAUUGACAGAAAUUGAAGAACAAAUUACAGAAUUGAAAACAAUGACUGAAAAGUGCAUAGAAGAAGAUCGAACAGAAAACCAAGUAGAUAAGGAUGAGUUGUCGAUCAAAUGGACAGCUUCUAAUUUUAAAUUUCAACUGAAAAGGCAAAAAAGUAAUGAGAAAUGGGAGAGGGAAAAUUUAAUACCAUUACUUUUUCCAGGUGAUAGUAAGAAUGACCUGAACUCUGCAGACUACAGUAUCAUGUCCUUGGAAUUUUCUUCGGAACAAGAGACAAUGAUAAAGGAUGCAAAAAAUAUUGUAUCCUCGUGUAAGAACAGUUUAAACAGUCAUGUUUUCCCUUGCUAUAACCAGACCAUAUCAAAAUCCAGGGUCAAUUCUGAUACAAACUGUAUUAACGAUCCUGAUCUUGAGUGCCUGCAGUCAUUAGCUAAGGAGAACAUUCAAAGACAUAAGGUCCAUGAAGUUCUGCGCCAAGUAUUGAAUACAGUGCAGGAAAGAUUAGAGAUUGGAUUCAGAUUUCAAAAGUUACAGCAAGAAAAGACUAAAGCUUUGAUUUAUAAAAAUAUGGAACAACAACAACACUUACAAGAAAAUUUGCUGCAUACAACAUUAACCACAGAUCAGAAAUAUGUCGUACGUAAUAAAAUUCUUCAUUUAUACAUUUUAUUGCAGCAAUUGCUCCAACAGCAGCAAUUUGAGGAGAAACAGAUAGACAGGAUCAAAAGAAAUCAAGAUAUGCUUAAACUAUUGAUAAAUAAAAAUGUCCAACAUAUGGAAAACCUUCUAUAUUCUCUAAAAAAGCAACAACUCCAGAUUCUCAACCACAUAAACAAUAAAGGCAGCGAGUUGAAAAAACUUAUUUUGAGCCACUGUCUAAAUAGCAGUCAAGAGAAACAGGCAAGGAAUACAAUAUUCAAAUUACACCAAUUACAUUCAAAAAUUGUAAUACAGCUGCAUACCCAAGAAACGCUUUUCUCUCUUCCAACAACAUUGGCUUCCAGUAUUCCAAAUAAAUUAAAAAAUGAAACAGAGAAAGAAGUUCCAAAUAAUGCCCCCAUAGAAAAGACAAAGCAAAUGACACAAGCAGUGCAAAUAAGCAAAAAAGAACUUGUGAAACCAAAGACAAAAACAAAAAAGGUAAAUUACAAAAGGACAAAAUGUUAUGAAGAAGAGCAUACAACAGAUAUAAAAUUUUCUAUGGGAGAAUUCAGCAACUUGACAAAAUAUAACGUAGAGACAAAACCGCAAAAAGGGGUAUUCGAUUUUGAAGGGCUCUCAAAGCUCACCGAGUAUCUUGAUGAUAACGUGGAGAAAAAUGAACACCUUGCUGAAAUCCAAAGGAAACUAGCUAUUAUAACAAAAGAACAAGAGAAUAUACUGCCAAAACACAAAACAAAAGUUAAAUAUGAAAGGCAGAUAUCCCAGUAUUGUCUUCAACCUAAAAAGAUGAAUUCUGAAGAACUGGAUAAAGCAAUCGCCAACCUACACAAACUCCAGACUACCAUUGAAAGCUUAAAAGAACAAACAUUGAGCCAGCUAAAAUAAGUACA